AUGACAAUUUUAGGAUCAAUCAGCUCAUUUUCACAAUUUAAUGUAAAGAAAAGUAAAAGUAAAAAUGAUUCAAUUACAUUAUUUCUAAAAUCAAAUGUUGUUGGGUAUACAAAUUCAAUGGUUAGCCAAAUAGAUGGUAGAUUCGAUAAUAUUCCACAAAUUUCUCAAAAACCACCAAAUAAACCAUAUACCAGCAUUUAA